CGCCGGGGCCGCGCCGCGGAGGGCGGUGGUACCAACACCAGCAUGGCCGCGCUGUUCCGGCCCCUCGCGUCCCUCCUGCUGCUGCUCGGGGUGUGCCUGUGGCCGCCCGCCCGCGCCGGCCUGCACUUCAAAGCCGGGCAGCGCUGCUACCGCCCGGCCCCGCACAGGGCGCCCGGCCUGAGGACCUACCCACGCCCGCACGAGUACCUGGACGUCUCGGCGCUGCCCAGGAGCUGGGACUGGAGGGAUGUGAACGGCGUGAAUUACGCCAGUGCCACGCGGAACCAGCACAUCCCCCAGUACUGCGGGUCCUGCUGGGCCCACGGCAGCACCAGUGCGCUCGCAGAUCGAAUCAACAUAAAGAGAAAAGGUGCAUGGCCUUCUGCCUACCUCUCUGUUCAGAAUGUGAUUGAUUGUGCUGAUGCAGGAUCCUGUGAAGGUGGAGACCACUCAGGUGUUUGGAAGUAUGCCCAUGACCAUGGCAUUCCAGAUGAGACCUGCAACAACUACCAAGCUAAGGAUCAAAAGUGUAAGAAGUUUAACCAGUGUGGAACUUGUGUCACUUUUGGAGAAUGCCAUGUGAUAAAGAACUAUACUCUCUGGAAAGUUGCUGACUACGGGUCUGUCAGUGGAAGAGAAAAAAUGAUGGCAGAAAUCUAUACUAAUGGACCAAUUAGCUGUGGCAUAAUGGCUACUGAAAAGUUGGAUGCUUAUACUGGAGGACUUUAUACAGAGUACAACCCCUCGCCUGUGGUGAAUCACAUUGUAUCUGUGGCUGGCUGGGGUGUAGAAAAUGGAACAGAAUACUGGAUUGUUCGUAACUCAUGGGGUGAACCCUGGGGUGAAAAAGGGUGGCUGAGAAUUGUGACAACUGCAUAUAAAGGUGGAAGAGGAGCACAGUACAAUCUUGCUAUUGAAGAGGACUGUGCAUAUGGAGAUGCUGUACUUCCUUGAUUCUAUAUUGUACCUCUUUCUGUUUAGGAACCACUUUGGAAGCUUCCCAGCAAGACCUUAUUCUAUUUAACGAAUAGUAGUCUAAAACUCUUUACACAGUUCAAAAUCAUCAGGCAGUUCUGCAAAAUUAGCCCAGAGAGCAACACACAAUGUCUUAGAAGUAAAAUAAAUACAGACCUGCCUUUAGAUAAUUAUUUACAACUUAAUUUACCCAUGAAAAAGCUGCCUGCCUUGAUGCACAGUAUUUAAAUCAUAUUGACUUAAUCACAGAAGCUGUGUAUGUAAAUACCUGUAUAUUUAAAUAUAAAUUAUGUAGACAUACUAGGAAGGAAAAAGUAUACUCAAUAUUUGGGUCUAGAUCUUAUAUUAAAUUCUCUGGCAGUAUUAAGCAAAUAUCAUCUCACAGUGAUGCAGAUGAAAAAAAAAAAAGCUAACUCUAGACAUGAUAUACUCAAAAAACUAAAUCCUGUGUUGUUUCCUUGGCCUCCUUGUGAAACGGUGUUGGAAAUCUCAUAUAAUGCAGUUGCUUUUAUCUAACCAAAAUGAUAUAACAGGAAUUACUUUGAUCAAAAGACAAAGUCUAAACACUUAUUUAGUCUUGUCUGCUCAAAUUCCUUGCUUUAAUAGGUGACUGGCUGUGCCAUUUUUUCCUAAAGAGACAAAGUAUAAAUUGCCACAACCCAGAACCCUUUACUAAUUUGAAGGAAGGUAGCAAAUUCUCUUCCUUAAAACUAAGCCAGUUACUAAGUGACAAAUCAGUGCCAUAUCAAAUGUUACUAACUGUCACUGUUAAUUGAAUUUAAUAAACAGACUUUUUCUCUUACAUAA